AUGACGACUCUGGCCAAGUACGGCUCACACCUGCUUGCCGUUGCAGUUUCGAGUCGGCUCCUUGCCGCUCAGGGCACCCGCGCGAUCCCUGUCCGCAGUGACUGUGCCUCCCGCGAUAGCCCCUCCAGCGGGCCGCCGCGGCCGGCAAUGGGCAAGCGGGCCGCCCCCACGAUCGUGCCGCCCGCUGCGCAGCUGCCCCGGGCGAAGUCCGGCCGCAGCAUCGGCAAGGAGCUGUCGGCACAGCCGGCCACGCCGAAGGCCGAGCCCGCCAAGGAUCGGCUCGCGCCGGCUGACCCGCUCGCAGAGGACUGCGCCGCCCUCGGCGGGCUGCUGGGGCAGGCGCAGGGACUCCCGACCUCCUGCCAGGAUACCCCGAGAUGCUCCGGGCCAUGAUGCCGCACUGCCUGCGCACGCGAGGCAGCGCGAGGCACGCCUACCAGGACUCGACGGACAAGGUCGCCGAGGUGCUCGAGGAGAUCAUGUGCGAGGUGCGGGAGGGCCGGGCCGCGCUCGUGCGCGAGCGCGAGGACGCCUUGGCGGAGGUGCAGGAGCAGCAGGCGGAGCUCUGCGGCCGGCUGGAGGCCGCGGAGGCCGAGGCUGCCGCGCGGCUCUCCGAGCUGCGGGUGCGGGAGGCGGCGCUCGCCGGGGCCGCCGAGGAGUCCACGGCCGCGAGCGUCUCGCUCGCGCAGAGGCAGGGGCGCGAACGCAGCUCCGAGGCCACGAGCCGUGCGGCGCUUGAGGCGCAGAGCGCCUGGACGUGUGCGAUGCCAAGUGGGCGCCCCUCCGGGACGGGGCAGUCACGGGCCGCGAGUGGCGUGAUGCCCAAAGGGUCCGCGGAUCGACGCCCUGGUGCAGGCGCUCGCCGGCGCGGGCGCCGAUGCCUCGCUCUUGGCCGCGCUGCCCCUGGCGCUGAAGAGCAAGUCGGCGGACCGCGCCGCCUUCGCCUCGAAGACGGUGGAGCACACGGAGGUGGUCUUCGAGGAGCACGCUUGCAGCCUGUCUUCGAGGGUAGCCAGCGCGCAGGUGGAUGCGGCCCAAGCGGCCGCCGAGGUCGCAUCCGCGCAGGCCGACGUGAGGCAGUUGGAGGGCCGCCUGGAGGAGGAGAGCGGGCUGCUCCGCGUCGCGCAGGAGUCGCUGGCGGACGCGCGCCGACAGGCGGCCGAGCGCGCCACCGAGGCGGGGGCGCCCACCCUGGAGGCGCACGUGGCGGACUUGGCGCGCCGCCGGGCCGACCUGGCCCAGGCCGAGGCGCUGGCCGAAAUGUUCGGAGCGAUUCGGGGGCGCGCGCAGGCCGCCGCGGGGGCGUGACGCGGCCGCUCGUCUGCUUCGCGGAAGAAGAAAGGCGGCUCAGGCACAGAUUUGGUGUUCGUGGCCCUUUUGUUGCUCCUCAAUCCUCUUCACCAGCUGAUAACCUCUGCUGGCCCGCAGCCGCCUGGGGCAGAUCGCUCCGUCUGCCGCUCUCAGUCGGCCGCGGCUCCCGCGAGACUAAGCAUCGCGGCGCGCCCCGCGGCCGUCGCGGCGAGGCCACCAGGCCCGCAUCUUUUCAGGCGCUCUGUUGCUCCUCCUCCUCCUGCGGCUCUGCUCCGGCUC